AUGGCGACGGAGAAUGAGAAGAAGCGCGGGUUGAUUAUUGUCUCGAACCGUCUUCCACUAUCAGUCAAGGAAGAAAACGGCACAUACAAGUCCAGCCUAUCCAGUGGUGGCCUUGCUAUCGAGGACCCAGAGGAGCAGAAAAAGGUCUCAGAUGCCCUGGCAGAGAAUAGCGCAGUGGGCAUUUUCUUGGACGAGCAAUUGGCGCACGACCAUUAUAACAAGUUCUCGAACUCUGUUCUCUGGCCCAUCCUCCACUACCAAUCUGGGGUCGCCUUCAAUGAAGACGCGUGGGAGGCAUAUCAGCGUGUGAAUGAGAUCUUUGCUGAUACCGUCGCCAAAGAAGCGGCUAACGGGGAUCUUAUCUGGGUUCAUGAUUACCAUCUAUUGCUCUUGCCUUCUCUCUUGCGUGAGCGACUCAAGAAGCAGGGGAAGAACUGCCCGAUUGGAUUUACAUUGCAUACGCCGUUUCCGGCGGAGGACUUUUGGCGGGCGAUUCCUGUGCAGAAGGACUUACUCAAGGGCUUGCUUGCUUGCGACGUGAUUGGCUUCCACACGGAUGAGUAUAGGCGGAACUUUACUGAGAGUUGUGCACGUAGUUUGGGCGCGAAUUCUGAAAACGAAAGCCAGCUUGAAUAUGAAGGACACACUGCCUGCGUUGGCACAUUUGUGGUCGGGAUCGACCCCCAGAAGUUCAAUGACUCCAUGCAGGAUCCAGACGUCCAAAGGCGUAUCAAAGAGCUGGAAAAGCGGUAUGAAGAUAAAACCGUCAUUAUCGGUGUAGAUCGGUUGGAUUACACCAAAGGUCUAGUUCAGAAGCUCGAGGGGUGGGACCAUUUCCUGAAGACCUAUCCCGAGCUGGAGGGAAAGGUCACCCUGAUCCAAGUAGCUAUACCCAGCCGUGAGGAUGUGAAGGAGUAUCAGGAGCUUGAGAAGGAGAUUUCUACGCUUGUCGGCAAGAUAAACGGGGAGCAUGCUACGCCUGAUGGGACACCGCUCAUUUACAUGCACCGGUCUGUAUCUUUUACUGAAUUGACGGCCUUGUACUGCAUUUCUGAUAUAUGUCUUCUCACCUCCCGAAGGGACGGCAUGAACCUGGUUGCAUCGGAAUAUGUGGCUUGUCAAGAGAAUAAACAUGGCGUUCUUGUGCUCUCUGAGCUUGCAGGCGCUGCAUCCUUCAUGUCUGAGGGCAGCGUUACCUUCCAUCCCUCCAGCGUUCAGGAGCUGUCAGAUGCUGUCCAUCAAGCAAUCACCAUGGACGAGAAGGAGAGGAAGGAGCGAUAUGAGAAUCUACGAGACUUUAUUACCACCCACACAAGUGCUAAGUGGGGAGAGGCCUUUAUUCAAGCUCUAUCUCGUCAUGUCGAGAAGUAGGAGCUUUCGUUUUCUGUCUUUUAAUCUCGUUCAUUCUAACU